GUCAUAAUAUGUCCCUUCCCGGAAACAGGAAUUACGGGCAGAAAUAGGGGGUAGUGUUUUUUUGUUUUUGUUUUAGAUAAAUUGUAAAGAAUAAUAGAAAAUUUCUUUCUGUAGAAUUUUAACCUGUCAUAAAGCGAUUUAAGUGAACACAGAAACGAACUGUAUUUGUAUUGUUCUGUAGGGAUUUACUGAAUUGUCGGUUAAUAUAACUGAAUUAUAUCCGAUUGUGUGCGGCAGGCCGAACACUGUUGUUAUGCAACGCUGCAUUGUUCUUGUAAAUAUAAUGUAAUGUAAUAUUUAUUACAUGUAAAAUAUAUUUAGUCCCUCAUAGUAGUUUAAUAUGAGCGUACAUUGAGACAUUUAGCGAAGAAACAAUCCGAAUAAAUUUUAUAGUGUGUAACUAAUUGCUUUACUAAUAUUCUAACAACGUUCUAAUGAUUUUGGACUAAGUGAGGUAUUUGAAUACAAUAUUGUGUAUAUAUUAGGACAGGGUUUGUUUUUGUUACUGGGCUGAAGAUUAUCUCGGCGGUCUGUUUGUUUUUAUUUAUUUAUUAAGCAAAAGGGAUAUAUAUAAUUAGAUUAAAAUAAUCUAACUGACGCCGACAUUAAAAGCAUCUGUUCUCAAUAAUUCGGCAUAGCAUAUUUGUAGGUGUAGGUACUGUGUAUUUGACGAGUAGGCUAACAUGUAUGCACCACCGGGAUCUGGACUGCAAGGAAGCCGGCGAAGGAGAGGGCCGGGUGGAAGCGCACUCCCAAAGCAGCCGGAGAGGAGCCUGGCGUCGGCACUACCCGGUGCCCUCUCCAUCACUGCGCUGUGUACGGCGCUGGCAGAGCCUGCUUGGCUGCGGGUUCACGGGGGCACCUGUCCUCGACAGGAGCUGGGGGUAGCUGAUGUUCUGGGAUACGUGGACACCAAACUACUUGAAGAUUACUGUAUGAAUCCUCAAACGAUUCUCCAGCUCCGUGUGAUUGCUGCCUUCUGUUUCCUGGGCAUCCUGUGCAGUCUCUGUGCCUUUCUGUUGGACGUCUUUGGGCCAAAACACCCUGCCCUCAAAAUCACCCGCCGGUAUGCCUUCGCCCACAUCCUGACAGUUCUGCAGUGUGCCACAGUGAUUGGGUUCUGUUACUGGGCCUCCGAGUUGAUCCUGUCCCUCCAGCAGCAGCACAGGAUGUACCACGGCUCUCUCAUCUACGUCACCUUCGCCGUUAGCUUCUACCUCGUCGCAGGGGCUGGUGGAGCUUCCAUCCUGGCCACAGCUGCCAACCUGCUGCGACACUACCCCACCGAGGAGGAGGAGCAGGCUCUGGAACUGCUUUCCGAGAUGGAGGAGAGCAGCGAGACCUACCCCGGGGACUACGACCUUGCCAACCAGUUCCAGCCGCCCCCCGCCUACACCCCCUAACUGCACCAGCGUGCCGAGGACACUGCGCACUCACAACACAGGGACAGUCGCCACAGGACUGCCGGACAUCCAACUGCUUAUCCUGGCCUAUUGAUGGUGAUAUAUCAGUAAAACCAUUUAUUUCGGUGGUUCUCAACUUUGGUCUCCCCUGAUGAUGCUGCAUUCACGCUAAACUAAGCCCCCGUUGGGAAUGACCUGCAUUGCAUCCCAUUUUUUGCUCCAAUUGGGGCCUAAAAGAAGCAUUUUUAGUAGCUUGGUAGACAGCAUGUUUCUAAAAGACUAUCUAAAUCUGCCUGUCAGUACUGCAUUUCCUUGUUCACUGCAGAGGCAAGCAAUUCAGAUUUUGAGCUACUGAAAUAAAUCUAUAAAAUAAUUAUUAAACUACUUUUUUUAUUGCCAUUAUGUAUCUAGGAAAGUUGCCAAAGUGACUCUUCCCCAAAAGUACUUAACGAUCAUGCGUUGGCAGUAAUAUGAAAAUAUUGUGGUAAUCUCAAUUGGAGAGUGAAACUGGUUUGAGAUCUUUGUUUCCACAUGUGGUAGAAUGCUAUUUUGAUUGCUGAAGUUUAUGAAAAUAAUUAUAUUGAAAAUGAGUUAAUAUACUACAGCAAUUACUGUAGCAAAAUACUUAUCCCCUUUAAAUACUUAAGAACAUCUUUUCAUAGAGCUAUUGUAUCUUUUUUUUAUUUUUUUAUUUUUUUUAUAAACCAGAUUCACUUGUAGAAUUACCCAUGUUUAAACAAUUGGCACCCACACAAUGUUGCUGUGCUGUGCAGUUUUUCAAUCCCCUUCCUGUUGCCAUGACACCUCUAGGUGGCACUGUUCAGUGUGGGUUCCCUGAGUACCAAACACUCAAGACCGUGACACACCAGUGCCACUCUGCUCUAGAGAGCACAAAUUGCACUAGGAACUAUGAACAGGGCCUGGGAUUGUAUUGCUCUGCAUUGCUACUGUAGAUUCCCUGGUGGCAUUGCACUUUCUCUUCUGAUUUCCAAACAGCAUUUAUUCUCUAGUCUCUGCAUCUGGGCAGCAGUAAAGGGGGAACAAAUCUGAGAAAAGGCCCAAUAUUAUAAAAAUUGUUCUAUGAAACCAGCCAGUAGUCCUAAACUUAACUAUAACUAUACAUUGUAACAAAAUAAAUAUUAUCUAUAAAGGAUACAUAUAACGUAAUUAUACUAAUUAAGGCAUGGCUUAAGAUUACAACAUUUUGAAUUAAAUACAUGGAAAUGAAUUAUUUCAAGUGGUGAUGUACUACAGCUUUAGCUCUUACAGAUAUUAUAUACCCUACAAUAGGUGCAUUUAUAUGCACUGAAUCCAAUUGAUUGUCAUUCCACGAUCAUGUUUGCAACAGAUUUAGGUAGUGUGAUUGGGUAUAAAUAUCUACUGGAGGGGAUUGUCUGUUUCAAAUCAAAUUCAGAUAGACUAUUUUAGCACUAGCCCCUCCAAUAAGCAUCUAGGGUUUGCUAUAAACUGACUCAAUAAUGCCUCAGAGAAACUAGAGAGCAUGGGUCAGCAUUAAUAAAUAGACUCAUAACCUCUUCCCUCUGUCCCAAGAUCAUAACAUAGGAGGCUGUGUGGUCCAGUGGUUAAAGAAAAGGGCAUGCAACCAGCCACUGACUCAUUGUGUGACCCUGAGCAAGUCACUUAACCUCCUUGUGCUCCGUCUUUCGGGUGAGACGUAGUUGUAAGUGACUCUGCAGCUGAUGCAUAGUUCACACACCCUAGUCUCUGUAAGUCGCCUUGGAUAUAGGCGUCUGCUAAAUAAACAAAUAAUAAUAAUAACCUCUUCCCUCUGUCCCAAAAUCAUAACCUCUUCCCUCUGUCCCAAAAUGCUGCUUAAAGGCUGCGGUCCAGGGGACAGAGAGCGAAGGGCCACCUUUAUACUUCCUGUACAGAUUGCUGCCUAGUACACAGCAAAUUAGUCCAAGCUCUGUCCAUGUUGCCAACCCCUUAAUGAGGUGAGGUUGCUUCUUUUGUGCUCUAGACCAUGGGAUGUUAACACUUAGCAUGACAUGUCAUCAGUCAGGCUGAGUUGCCAUGUAAAUUGGGAGUUUUUUCCUAAGGCGUAACAUGGUGUUUCAGUAGAGGCUUUGUGUAUGUGUGUGUGCUUGCGGGGCAUUCAGUAGGCUUUACUGCAGAUUAAGGGACUGAGCUGUUAACUUUGGGUUAAGACUUCCACUGCUUUUUCGGGGCAACCUAUCCGCAGAGCACUAGCUAUACUUUAAAUUGGCUGAACAAGUACAUGGAUUUGUUUAUUAUCGGUUUGCUACUGCUGUUCAAAAAACACUUUGUACCCUCAUCACUGCUGCAACACAAGCUCCCUGUUUUAUAUUACAUGUUUAUUUUCCAUGCAUGGUUUAGAACUGAAAAGCCUGCUUCAUCUAGACAUUGUUAUAGAUUAGCGAAAUUUGUAAUCAUCGCUUUUUAAUUUAAAGAGUGUGAUCUGAUUUGUAUGUUGUUUAUUAUUAUGAUUAUGUUGGUGUUAAUGCAAGUGUGAAUUGUGAGAUAUAACUUGAUUCUUGUGCAUAAAGUCUGUACAGCUACAGCCUAAAUGUCACUUUGUUUUUUCUUACGUUUUUCUUUUGUUUUUACUGGUGAAGAAUAAAAAGAAUCACAGGAAUAAA